CGAAAAUGUGAACUAUAUGUUAUCACAAGAGGUACGAGCUGCUUCCGAGCCAUAUAAAGAGCAAGCACCAGCAAGCACAUUUUUUCAAUGUGCGAACCAGAGAGUAUUAUAAGAGAACCACCAAAUUGAAUUCGGCGUGCUCAGCUGGUUCAAAGCAGUGGUCCUUGUUGUCACUUGUCUUCAGAAGAAAGCGAAAAAUAUUUCGUGGAAGUGUUAUGGGCAAGGUCGAAUGUAACAAGUUCAAUAAUUUAUGAAUGAAAAUGAAAAAUCAAAUACGACCUAGAUAUGGACACGAUUAUUCAAAUUCGACACUCGUAUUCGUUGGGAGGAGCGAUUGUGUAAAAUAAAAUAUAAAGUCAUCAAAUUUCUUGGUUUUUGGCCAUGGUAAUUCCACAAAUGUUACUUGGUCAUUAGUAAAUUUCAUUAUAUAGUUGAGUUAAACAUCAAUUGCUACCUUGCUCGCGACGGUAAUCAGCUUAUUCACUGAUCACAAACGUACUUGGAGUGACUAGACACUUACUAAAUGAUAACACAUGCUCAUUAUUCCCGUAACUAAAAUAAAUACCUUACGUAAAGGUUAAUUCAGAAGUAAGCAACAAAAAAUUGAAAUUAAGACAACGAUCUCUACUGAUGACGGCAUUGAAAUAUAUUAUAGAAUCAUUCUAAAGAAUACUAUUAAACAUGAUUUGAACAUGUUAACAUCAACCCAACCAUUUUAGGUGACCGAAAGACAAGACGGUAUUUUGAAUUUGUGACAAACGGGUGUAUUAAUGCACCCAAGCACACGACCUAUCUUUGAGUAUGAGUCAUCUUUGCAUGGCGGUUUCCUGUGAUAGCAAGGAAGGAUUUGGGGGUGCUACAAUGAUAUUUUAAUUAAUGUGGACAGGAAUGGAAAUGAAACAUGUUUCUUAGAGUCUGACUGCUAAUGCGGCUGUGCUGUAUAAACAAAAGGGUUUGUGUGUCUUACGAGUGAGGUCUAUCCAUCAUGAACGAAGUAGGUGUAAGGUCUGUCAGGUCCCCUAAAUCAUCGCCAAUUACGGACGAUUAUGAAAUAUCCAAUACAGUUUUGGGACUUGGAAUAAACGGUAAAGUGGUCCAGUGUUAUGAUAAGAAAAGCAGGGAGAAAUAUGCCUUAAAGGUUUUACAUGAUUGUACAAAAGCUCGGCGAGAAGUGGAUCUUCAUUGGAGAGCAAGUGGUUGUCGUCAUAUAGUUAAUAUUAUUGAUGUGUAUGAAAACACAUAUAGUGGAAACAAGUGCCUUCUAGUUGUUAUGGAAUGUAUGGAAGGUGGUGAAUUGUUCCAGAGAAUACAAGAUCGCCAGGAUGGUGCUUUUACUGAACGUGAAGCUGCUGAAAUAAUGCGUGAAAUCUGCUUGGCUGUGAAGUAUUUGCAUGAUAUGAAUAUUGCUCAUCGAGAUUUAAAACCUGAAAAUCUACUUUAUACUAAGCCUGAUCAGACAGGCAUUUUAAAACUUACAGAUUUUGGAUUUGCAAAGGAAACCUUUUCAAAAGAUACAUUGCAAACACCAUGUUACACUCCAUAUUAUGUUGCACCAGAAGUUCUAGGCCCAGAAAAAUAUGACAAAAGUUGUGAUAUUUGGUCACUGGGUGUCAUAAUGUAUAUUCUGUUAUGUGGAUUCCCUCCAUUCUAUAGUAAUCAUGGGUUGGCUAUUUCACCAGGAAUGAAGAAAAGAAUUCGAACUGGUCAGUAUGACUUCCCUAAUCCAGAAUGGCAAAAUGUAUCCCAAGAUGCCAAGGAUUUAAUUAGAGGAAUGUUGUGUAUUGACCCUACUAAACGUCUGACAAUUGACCAAGUGACUCGCAAUAAAUGGAUUGCACAAUAUACAGAGGUUCCACAGACACCACUUCAUACUGGAAGAGUUUUAAGAGAAGGAGAAGAUUUGUGGCCAGAGGUACAGGAAGAAAUGAUGAGGUCUUUAGCUACCAUGCGUGUAGACUAUGACCAAGUCCACAUCAAAGCGUUGGAUAACAGCAACAAUCCUUUGCUCAAUAAGAGGCGCAAGCGGGGUACUGCAGAGACUGCUGGAGGUGCUCAGUAAUAUUUGUUGUAGUUUUUGAUGUCGUGUUUCAUGAUGAUCUGACGUAUCAGAAUAAUUUGUACUGCAAUGACUAUUGGAAGGACAUAAGAAGCAGACUAGAUGCACUGCAUCUCUAUAGUAAAGAGGAUUGCAACCUCAGGACGGAACUUCUAAUUACCAGAAAGAAGGAGUUCAAGACCAUGAUCUUUUAAACAGAAAUCAAAGUGUUGGUAUUCAGUUCAAAACAUUCUCUGGUCUUGUUCCAGGGAAUGAAACUCAGCAGUGUAUAUACUGUGUUGUAUACAUCUUGUUGAAUAUGAAAUUAUAAUGUAUUUUUACAAAUGCUUUUAAUUAUUUAUUAGUUAUAAAUUAUUAUAUUUCACAUUCAUGGCGUAGGAUAGCAGCGCAUCUCAUUUCAUUAACAAAUUUUUGCUAAAAUAACGUAGUAUUGUUCAGUAUUUGAAAGAAACGUAGAGUAUUGAAAUGAGAUCUACACAGUAUAAAUAUAUUGUGAAGGGAGAUGGUAUGAUAAUAACGCAGUUCUGUCCAGCAUUGUGAAAUAAAGAGUUGUGCUAUUUUAUUCCUGUUAUUAAAUGUUGUAUUAGAAGUCCCGUACUUGUACAUAUUUUAUUAUAAUAAUAUUUACAAUGAAAAGUGCAUUUUAUUGUUGAGUGCAUGAUGAAUGACUAGUAACUUUUUAACAUUAGAACGCCUAGAGUUGUUGUUUUGAUGGUUACAUCAUAUUGAAGAACUGAUGUACAACAUGUUCACCUUUCGCUCCAUCCUUUGAUGUGCUUACUAACUUCUUUCUUUUCAUCAGCUUUUGUAGCAGUCUUUGCAAAUAUAUAUUUGCUAUUUAUAAUUGUGUUUUAUCCACAACUGGUUGGUAUUUGCUGAUAACAUCAGUAAUUAUAUGUUGCAAUACUUGCAACACUUUUGCCAAAGAUUGAGUUUAUGAUUUAAACAUUUUUUAACAAGUUGUUGUAGGUUGCCCCUAGAGGUUCCCUUCAAAAUAGCCAUUGUGGGGUUUUCUAUCCACCACUUAGGGUGCCUCUGACAAUCACUAGCUCAUAGCUUUUGUUUUAUUUCUUUUGUUGAUCAAGAACUGUGCAAGGCAGUUUUACUAGUCAUUUUGAUAAGUUUAGUAAUUGAAUAUGGAGCAGUAUCGAUUUUCUUUGAACAGUAUGAAGCAUUUAUAGUUUAUUUCUGCUCAUUGGAACAUUUCUAGUUUAAUGUUUCCGUUUGUUCCUUGUAAUAUCAAGCAAUCAAGGGGAUAGCUUUAUCAUUUUCAAAAAGUCUCUGCAAUGACAUGUCAAACUUGCCAUUCAACACCAUAUGUAUAUGAGGAUUAAUAAUGCCAUGUGGCAAGUUAAACAUGUCGUUGUAAAGAAACUGAAUUUGCCAUUUCCAGUUGUUAAAAAUGUGCAACUUUUUUGAAUGACAACGCUAUUCGUUUUAUUGCUUGAAAUUGUAAGGAACAAACUGGAAACAUAAAACCAGAAGUGUUGGGAUGAGUGAAAGAUAACUAUGCUAAAUAACUGUUAAUAAGAAAAUGGGUACAGGGCAAAUUCAAAUAUUAAACAACAAAAUCACUCAGUCAAGACUUCCUGGCAAACAUGUUGUCCUAUACAAGUGAAACUCGCUGAGACCAAAAAUGGUGUUUUGAGAUCAAAGAAGUUGAAGAUUUGGUUAAAUGUGUAUAAACAAUAUCUUUUGCUUCACCAGAAAUAACGCCUGUGUUAUUUUUGAAAACACACUUUAAUAUGUAAUAUUAUUUUUAACCCAUUAGCUACUAUCCCUUGAAAGUCUGGAUAAAAAUUGCCAAUUUUCUAAGAUAGUGUUUUAUUGAACCAUAAUAAUCAUGAUAAUUUGAUGUCAAAAUUUUUUUAUCGUAUCUGUGGAAUGCUCAGUGGUACAUAGAGCACAUUGGAUUGAUUGAGUUUUAUAAACAAAUCAAAAAAAUUAAAUAGAUGAGUGUUCAUAUUAUUUUAAAGAAGAACGACAUUUGGUUGAAAAGUAGCCUCUUUCUAGAUGCAACUAUUUAGAAAUUAUCAAAAUUUGAAUAUAACUUAAAAUCCAAUAGAAAAUUUAGCAGUAUUGCUAGGUUGAUAAAUCACUUACUGGAUAACUCUAACAAACCUAAGAACAUACAAAAUAAAAUUUUAUAUUGCAAAAAGCAUACCAGUAAAGAAACUGAGAAAUUCGUGCAUAAAUUGUCCAAGGAAAAUAUUGUAUGGUCCACACAUAAUCCAUUCUGUCUGCACCAUUAAUAGGUUAAGAUCAAAAUAAAAACAAAAAAACAUAAAUGGAUUUUUUCCUGAUUUCACUGUUCUGAUAGUUACUUAAAAAAGGGUGAAAAUGGUAAUUUAGUACACCUGAACUCCAGAAUUUCAACUAUUUCACUAAACAAAAGAAUAGAAAAUAUGUAUGGUUAUGAUUAAAAAACUUAAAAAUGGACAGGUAUUUCACUGGCGAUAUGAGUUUGAAAACAAAGAUUUAUUGAGUGAAUGAGUUGAUUUAUUUUCAAUUUUUUCUCAAGGGAAGAAUAUUAGUCUGUGCUUCAAGAGAUGCAAUCUAUUUUUGUGCAUUUUAUGUAACUGUGCAGGCGUUCUAGUGUUGAAUCUUCUGUAACAGACAAUAAUGGCUAACCUGUUAUUUAGUUGGACAGUCCUGGUAUCACCUGUAUCUUCUCCCUGUGUCAAUCACUUGGUGCUUUGGAUAUAAUUUUUUUAAAUUUAUUGCACCAACCUUAGGUACAUUAGGAUGAACUUGCUCAUUAUAUCUAUGGUGGACAGGGAAAGAGAGUUGAAUAAGUGAAGUGAAAAAAAUAAAAAAAAAAGUGAAGAAAUGAGUUAUGGACACUGGUGUAUAGAUAUUGGUCAUGUAUUUUCCUGGAACAAAGAGUUCAGUAAAUAUACAAAAGUGAAAUAUUUAUACUUUUAAUAUAUUUGUAGCAUUCAUUCAGUUUAUCUCUGUUCUUGCAAAAGAUAAAAAUUUAAACUCUUUGCCCUACUCCUGUAAAGUAUAUGUCAAGUGACUUAACUGCCUUUUGCUGGCCACCACAGAUUUAUCUAUUUGACAUUUGACUGCCACACAUGGCACAAACUGUGACAAUGUUUUCCUCCUCUUAUAGUCUUUCCCUGGCUUUUUGUGAUAGUGUAUGCUUUGAAAACUGAAAUUUUUGAAAAUAUUACUCAACAAAAGUAAUGUUUGGAUUAUUCUACUACUUGUGCUACAAAAGUUGUAUUUUUUCCUCUAUAAAUGUUCUAUAUCUUGUUUAAAUGAAAAUUUAAAAAAAAUUCUUAAAGUGUUUCCCAUUUGGCCCAUUACAGUUAUACAAGUGUCUGUCUAAAACUAUUCUUUUAGGGUUUUAUUUAAAAGUACAUUGCUCACUCGCAUAACAGAUGCAGUGAAAAUUUAUGAUGAAAUCAUAUACAUAAUGAUUUAUGUACUUGGCUGCAUGUCUGGCAUUGAUAUUGUAUAUUUUGGAAUACAGUUCUUGGUAUCCAGUGCACAUUUUGCAGCUAUCAUACUAUCAAGUACUCUUGCAAAGGUAGCUCCUCAGGUAUUUUUCAGAUUUGAAAAGUGUUUUUCGAGGGUAGUAUUCUUUGUGUGAUGUAAUUUCUGUUUUACUCUUUCUUGCAUGAUGUAUGGUUAUUAAGAUUUAUAUGGUUUGUGAAUCUUACUCUCAUAAUGUUUGCAUUUUAUAUGGAUGUUCUUGAAGUUUCUAAAAUUGUAAGGACAUAUACUUUAAAAUGAUCUUAAAAACAGUACAGCAGUGUAUUUUAAAUUUAAACUUUAGUCAUUUCAAUGAAUUACUUUUGUAUUUCUAGUUUAACCACCAAGAAAGCAAUCUAGCAUUAAGUGCUGAAUGCACAUGAACCUUUCAAAGGUCUUUGUGAUCUAAGUAUAGUAAAUGCACGAUAGUAUUUUAAAUUGAAACUUGUAGUCAUUUCAGUGAAUUCCUCUUGUAUUUUUAGUUUUAGCCCUCAAGGAAAGGAACGUAGUGCUAAGUAUCAGUUCCUGAUUUUAUGAAAUUAGAAGAAAUAAUAUCUAGGAGUACAAGUGCAGCUGAGGUUUAAUGGGAUCUAUUAGCAAUGUGCUUUCUGAUGAGAUUGUUUUUUCUAUGGUGUAGUGGACAAUAUUCAAAGUUUUGCUUAAGGGCUUAUCAGAAAUCACUUCUGCAAAUACCUAAUUGAACCCCUGCAGCUGUGGGGAUACACAAUUGGGGGAGAUAAAAUGUAUUAACUAUUUGUUAAGAGUUUGUUUCUUUUUGCAAAGGAAGCCACAUUUUGCAAUACAUUGCAGGCAACUUGUGCUCAAGGGAACAUUUUUAAAGAUACAGGUAUAUAUCUUAUGUCAGAGAGAUUAUCUGUUUUUAUUUUCCUUCCAAAGAAUGCAAUAAAUUUUUUUUUUCUUGACAAGUGCUAUAUUUUAUAUGUGAGUGACAUUUCACUUAUUUCAAGAUGAAGAGCUCAUGUGUGCUACUUAAAAUGAAACAUUCUAAGUGAGAGCAUUAAAUUGAUGCUGAACAAAGACUUACUUUGUAAAUGAAAACCUUUCAUAGAUGGUAUAAUUAAAGUAUAGUUAUUGGAUUCGAAGUGUGUAAAUAAUCCAAAUAUUUAGAUUUUCCACAAAAAAAGGGGGGAGAUGAGUAAAACGUAUGUAAAAUUUCAGCAUAAACUGCUUACAUGUUCAAGUUGUUAGGAAAUGUACAAUGUGCGGGGAGGUAAGUUAUUAAUGGAGGGAUACAAUGCUCAGGACUCCAAACAAUGUUUUUUGUUUCUUGUAAUAUUGCAAGCGGCCAAGAAUAUUACAUACUUGAUUGUAUGACUAUGUUUUCUUCUUUACUGGGUAGAAACUAUCUUUGAUGAUAGAAAAAUAGACCAAGAAGUUUCAUGUAUGAGGGAGAAAGAAACAAUUUGAAAAUAUUAUUUUUUUAUGUAAUAAACAUGUUAAAACCUGGUUGUGAAAGAUGAAUAGAACGUACAGAUACAUUUUAAACUUUACAGUGAAGACAAAUUCACAUUAUUCUACCAGUAUGUUGUCACUGCAUCUAUGUUAG